CUUGAGUUCCUCGAAUAUUGCGGACGUUCUUCUUGCUAACUGUACAUUUCACACCUGUAUCGCCACAAUGAGUCAAAAAUCCACUUUCGGAUACAGACCUAAGCUGGUGUUAGCUUCACUGCUAGUUUCGGUGUCCCUUGUGGAAGGCUUUGCCAAUCAAGUACAGCGGUCUCCCUUUGGAAGACUCGAGAACGGUCUACCGUUCGAUCGACGUCCAUCCAGACUUUGCUUAGAGUCUACGCGCUCUUCCAAAGCUGUUGAACGCUUCACGUCACCACUCGCUACAUCAACAAUGGCAUUGCCAGUAUUUCUAGCCUCAACCGUACCUCUAGCUGGAAGUCUAGAAGCCCCAUCGACGGCAUUUGCUGCCUUCAUUGCAGUUCUCCCCGCCAUCGACCCCUCUGUGGAAGCGGAAGUUCUAAAUGAUAUGGCCCACGUGGCUUUGGAUCUGACUACAUUUUUCGGUCCAACAAAGAUUCUGAUUCGGUGUUUCAUGGUCAUUGGUCGGCUGUUCGCCAUGGGUGCGGACUAUCUUCCGGAUCAUUCCAUGCAUCCGGAAGAGCUCGUCUUUCAGCUGUUUAUGCUCUGCGUUGCAUGGUGCGGUUUGUUGAAAGCAGCGCUCCCCAUGGCUUUGGCCACUUUUGCUUCCAAGAUCAGCUUACGGGAUGGCAAAUCUUACAACUCGCUUUUCGAACCGGCAGGAAUGACAUGGUCUCAGUACAAGGCCAUGUCGGCUUUCGCCCUGGACUGGAUUGAAGUGGGACCAGGCGAAAUCAUUACUUCUGACGAAGACGCCAAAGAAGACCAAUAUUUUUACUGGUUGUAUUGCGGGGAUGCCACUGUUGAGAGCAAUGGGAAUCUUCUCUACACGGUGGAGCGCCCCAAGUCCAGUGGCUUCAUCGCCGGUUGCAGCGACGACGCAGGUCUAGGUUUAUUUGGCGAAACCCGCCUUUUGCGGUUAAUGGAUGCCUCUAAACGGAACAACAACAAGUUGAAGAAGUCUUCAUCUAAGAAAGCAUAUCUGCGCACCACGGUGGAAGCAGGUCCAUCCGGCGCUACCUUGAUGCGCGUAAAGAUUUCAAACCUGAAUCGCCUGAUGGCAUUUGAUCAAGAUCUGGCCCAAACAAUCCGCAACCUAUUAUUUCAGACGAUGCAAGACAAGCUUGCCGCGCAAUGCCAGUCUUUGUGA